CCAGAGAUCGUGUGUGACCCACUGCUGGAUUACAACAUCUGGAGCUCCCUGCACUCCAUCAACUCCUCGGGGAAGGUGGAGCCCGAGCAGAGGCUCAUCCUGGCGGCCACACGAGUGGACAGCCACUCGUUUUUCUGGAACGUGGCCCCCGGGGCCGAGGCCGCCGUCGGUUCCUUCGUGGUUCUGCUCGCGGCCGCCCAGGCCCUGCAGGAGGCCCCAGGAUCCCGGGAUCUGCCCCGGAACGUCCUGUUCAUCUUCUUCCAGGGGGAGACCUUCGAUUACAUCGGCAGCUCCCGGCUGGUUUUUGACAUGGAGCAGGAGAAAUUCCCGCUGCGCCUGGAGAACGUCGGAGCCUUCUUGGAGCUGGGCCAGGUUUCUCUCAGGAACGACUCCGUGCUCUGGAUGCACACGGAUCCAAUUUCCCGCCGGAACGAAUCCAUAGAAUCCCAGGUGCAGAAUCUCCUGGAAGUUCUCCGCAGCUCCGGCUCCGGCUCCGGCGUUUCCCUGCAGGAGCCAGGGAAUUCCCAGCCCCUCCCCCCCUCGUCAUUCCAGAGGUUCCUGAGAUCCCGGAAUAUCCCGGGGGUGGUGCUGAGCGACCACCGCACGGCGUUCCGCAACAGGUAUUUCCAGAGCAUCUACGACACGGCCGAGAACAUCGGGAUGCGUUAUCCCGAGGGAUUGACUCCGGAGGAGCAGCUGGAAUUCGUCACCGACACCGCCGAGGCGCUGUCCCAGGUGGGGACGCUGCUGGCCCGGGCUCUGUUCUCACUGGCCGGGGGAACCGGCGGCACCGAGAGCAUCCGAGCGGAUCCCAAAACGGUCACCCGACUGCUCUACGGAUUCCUGAUCAACUCCAACAAUUCCUGGUUCCAGUCCCUCAUCAAACCCGACCAGAAGGGAAUCCUGGGCCCUUUUCCCCAGCACUACGUGGCCGUGUCCAGCCCCACCAACACCACCCAGCUGCUCCAGGCCGUGCUGGGAAACCUGACCGGGACCAGGAUGAACCUGAGCCGGGAGCAGUGCCAGGAUCCCGGGAAAACGGCGGGAUUGCAGCCAGAGCUCUACGAGUACUGGUGGGUGCAGGGUCCCCUGGAGCCCAACUCCAGCUCCAGGGUUCCGGGCUGUGUCCGUUCCCGUGUCCGUCUGUCCCCGGCGCUGUCCCCGGCCUUCGAGCUGCGCCGCUGGGAUUCCCGGGAAUUCUCCACCUGGACCGAGAGCCGCUGGAAGGACAUCAGGGCACGGAUCUUCCUGGUGGCCAGCAGGGAGCUGGAGCUGCUGACGCUGUCCCUGGGGGUUCUGGUGCUGCUCCUGUCCCUGCUCUGCACCUUCACCCCUGAGAUCCCAAACCCCCAAAUUCCCAAACCCCAGGGAUCCCAAAUCCACAAUCCCCAGUUCCCAAACUCCCAAACCCAGAAUUCCCCAAUCCAGAAUUCCCAAAAUUCCCCAAUUCCAGCUGCUGACGCUGUCCCUGGGGGUUCUGGUGCUGCUCCUGUCCCUGCUCUGCACUUUCCUCAUCAACUCCAAGGCCUCGCUGCUCUUCGGGAUCCCGGCCCCGCCCGGAUCCCCUGGAUACUGAAAAUCCGGGAAAACCCCACGGAACGGUCCUGGGAAAUCUGGGAAUCCCUCCCCUGGAUACUGAAAAUCCGGGAAAACCCCACGGAACGGGCCUGGGAAAUCUGGGAAUCCCUCCCCUGGAUACUGAAAAUCCGGGAAAACCCCACGGAAUGGGCCUGGGAAAUCUGGGAAUCCCUCCCCUGGAUACUGAAAAUCUGGGAAAACCCCAUGGAACGGUCCUGGGAAAUCUGGGAAUCCCUCCCCUGGAUACUGAAAAUCUGGGAAAAACCCACGGAACGGGCCUGGGAAAUCUGGGAAUCCCUCCCCUGGAUACUGAAAAUCUGGGAAAACCCCAUGGAACGGUCCUGGGAAAUCUGGGAAUCCCUCCCCUGGAUACUGAAAAUCUGGGAAAAACCCACGGAACGGGCCUGGGAAAUCUGGGAAUCCCUCCCCUGGAUACUGAAAAUCCGGGAAAAAACCCACGGAACGGGCCUGAGAAAUCAGGGAAUCCCUCCCCUGGAUACUGAAAAUCCGGGAAAAACCCACGGAACAGUCCUGGGAAAUCUGGGAAUCCCUCCCCUGGAUACUGAAAAUCCGGGAAAACCCCAUGGAACGGACCUGGGAAAUCUGGGAAUCCCUCCCCUGGAUACUGAAAAUCCGGGGAAAACCCCACGGAACGGUCCUGGGAAAUCUGGGAAUCCCUCCCCUGGAUACUGAAAAUCCGGGAAAACCCCACGGAACAGUCCUGGGAAAUCUGGGAAUCCCUCCCCUGGAUACUGAAAAUCCGGGAAAAAACCCACGGAAUGGACCUGGGAAAGCUCCCAGGAAAUGGGACUGGAAGGGAAAUUCCUGGAAUUCUGGAUUGGAUUCAGUGCCCUGGGUGGGAAAUUUCCAAAAUUCCUGUUUGGAUCCGAUGCCCUGAGUGAAAAAUUCCCGGAAUUCUGGGUUGGAUUCAGUGCCCUCAGUGGAAAAUUCCCAGAAUUCCCAGUUCCCUGAGUGACAAAUUCAUGGAAUUUCUGGAUAGAUCCAGUGCCCUGAGUGGCAAAUUCCCAAAAUUUUCCCGGAAUUCCCGGUUGGAUCCAUCUUUUUUUUUCCCAGGGUGGAGCUUUUCCCAAAAUUUGGAUGAAGGAAAGAUAAAGGUUUUUUUUUUUUUUUUUUUUUGUUUUGUUUUGUUUUGGUUUUUGGGGUUUUUUUUUUUUUUGGGAAUUUUGAGAAAUUCCAGGGGGUCUUGGAAUGUCCUGAUGGAAAAAGUAUCUCUUCUUUUUUUUUUUUUUUUUUUUCCUCUGGGGAUUUGUAAAUAUUAUAAAUAAAUCCAUGGAAUUCCCAAGGAACUGUUUUUGAUUUCCAGGUUUUUUUCCUUGUUGGAGCCGCAAAAAAAAAAAAAAAAAAAAAAAAAAAAAGGAAAAACUCUGGGAAUUGGGCGGAGUUUGGGAUUUGAGAAAAAUCGGGAUUUGACGGGGAAAAAUGGGAAAAUCAGGGAAAAAUGGGAAGAAAGAACCAGGAAGAAAAAAAAAAACGGGAAAAGCCGUGAAAAAGUGGGAAAAGUGGGAAAAACGGG